AUGCAGUUAAAAAAUAUCAAGAAAGGCCUUUACAGACAAAGAGCUCAUGCAAAUCCGUUCAAGGACAGCAACAUCGUUAUUCCUCCAAAUCCUCAAUCGGUGGACUGGGCUUCCUACUUCGAGAUAAAUAGAAGGCCGGAUUUUGUCGACAUAGGAUGCGGAUAUGGAAAGUUUCUCAUGAAGGUUGCUGAGAAAAACCCAGGACGGAAUGUAUUAGGGUUGGAGAUUAGAGAUAAGGUGUGUGCAUAUGUUAGGGCAAAUAUAGAAAACUUAAGGAUUCCAAAUGCCGGAGUCAUGAGGACAAAUGCAUUGAUCUUCCUACCCAAUAUAUUCAGUGGAGGCCAGCUGUCCAAGAUCUUUAUCUUGUUUCCUGAUCCUCAUUUCAAAAAAAGAAAGCAAAAGGGGCGUAUCGUGUGCCAGCAGAUGAUGGAGGUGUAUGAGUAUCUACUGAGGAAUGAAGGAAGAUUAUAUAUAUCUACUGAUGUGGAAGACUUGUUUGAUUAUAUGGUGGAUGUUAUUCUAGCACAUAAAGGAUUCGAGCCACUGUCUGAGGAAGAGAUGAACAAGGAUCCACUGUUCUACAUGAUAUCCAAAGAUACAGACGAGGCUCUAAGAGCCGGAGUCAAAACAGGAAAGGUGUUUUCGAAAGUUUUUGAAAUAAAGAAAGAUUAG